UUGGUGAUGUGUGUUUCUGGGUCGCUAUUAAUUCGGGUUUUGAACAAGUUUUUUGCUUUGAACUCUUCUUGCAUUUCUUAUAAACCCAUUUCAGGUCUCCCUCACAUACUUCUCUUUUUGAGAUCCUUUUUGUUUUUUUUUUUAUUCUUUCAACUCUUUAUUCAAAAGGGUUUUCUGUUUGUAAAUCCUGAUGGCUGAUAAGCACCAGCAUCCAUCCAUUGUUCAAAAGGUGGCUGGUCAGCUCCAGCUUGGUUCUAGUCUUUCCCAAGAUUUUCAGAACCGCCAUGGGUCCUUUCAAAGGCCUGCUUUGCAUCAGAGGCAUUUUGCAUAUGCAAAUUACACAAAUGCGGGAUUGCAGUAUCCCAUGAGACAGGCAUGUCAAGCCACCCCUGAUCUGUCAUUGGUUGCUUCAACUGCCUCACCUGUUUUUGUCCACGCCCCAGCAGAGAAAGGCUUUGCCGGCUUUGCUAUUGAUUUUCUCAUGGGUGGAGUUUCUGCUGCUGUGUCCAAAACCGCUGCAGCUCCAAUAGAGCGUGUAAAGCUCUUGAUCCAAAAUCAGGAUGAGAUGAUCAAGACUGGACGUUUGUCUGAACCUUACAAAGGGAUUGGAGAUUGCUUUGGCCGAACCAUUAAAGAGGAGGGGUUUGUAUCAUUGUGGAGGGGAAACACUGUCAAUGUCAUCCGUUAUUUCCCCACUCAGGCCUUGAACUUUGCAUUCAAGGAUUACUUUAAGAGGCUGUUCAAUUUCAAGAAGGACCGUGAUGGUUACUGGAAGUGGUUUGCUGGUAACUUGGCUUCCGGUGGUGCUGCUGGUGCUUCUUCCCUAUUAUUUGUCUACUCCUUGGAUUAUGCCCGAACACGUCUUGCAAAUGAUGCCAAGGCUGCAAAGAAGGGAGGAGAGAGGCAAUUUAAUGGCUUGGUUGAUGUCUAUAGGAAGACUCUCAAGUCCGAUGGUAUUGCUGGGCUUUACCGUGGAUUUAAUGUUUCCCUUGUAGGCAUCAUAGUGUACCGUGGCCUAUACUUUGGGAUGUACGAUUCCUUAAAGCCAGUUGUUUUGACCGGAAAGUUGCAGGAUAGCUUCUUUGCUAGCUUUGCUCUUGGUUGGGUUAUCACCAACGGUGCUGGUGUUGCUUCAUACCCUCUUGAUACUGUUCGUAGAAGAUUGAUGAUGACAUCAGGUGAAGCUGUGAAGUACAAAAGCUCAUUUGAUGCAUUCUCUCAGAUUGUUAAGAAUGAGGGUGCCAAGUCCCUCUUCAAGGGUGCUGGUGCAAACAUCCUCCGUGCAGUAGCCAGUGCUGGUGUGCUUGCGGGCUAUGACAAGCUUCAGUUGAUCGUGUUCGGGAAGAAGUAUGGUUCUGGUGGAGCCUGAUCAGAAUCCGCAUAUGUUUGUUUCCACUUCAUAUAUCUAUAGAUAGUGAUGAAAAGUUUUGGGUUUAUUUCUAAUAAGGUUAUUCAGGGUAAUUCUUUGAGCAGUUAAAUUUGGAGUGAUUAUAUCUCCUGAACAUUAUUGUAUCAUCUUUUCUUGGGCACAUGUUGCUAUUCCACAUAAUUGAAUUUCGGUUUAUCCUCGAUUGUGGAUUUACCUCUUCUCAAUUUAUUGUUGAAUAUAUGCUUUUGUUGGGACUGAGCUUCCUUA